UUUGAGUGAGGCAGCGGAGCAGAGGCGCCUGCACGCGCUAGAGGGCGUGACGUCACACAGUGAGAGUUGACACACUAUCAACACUUCCUGAUGCUAAAAGCAAACCAUAUUAAUCAUAACGUUCACAAAGUGUUUUUUACACUGCUUACCCUUUGUCUCGAGAAUGAACAGGGAGGGCAUGUAAACUCCAUAACGACGUCAGUUCUUCCCACAGGACUGGAAUGUAUUUGUGGCGGUUUGGGACGACUGUUAGAGCCGGUUCUUUGACGUGAAAGAGUCGUCGUUUUUGUCUGUUAAAGACAGACCACGGUGAUUGGUACAAAUGUGUGGCGCCACGCUCAGGUGGGGGAGGUACACACACAAGCAAGCUGAAAAGUCGAACAGAGGGUUAUGGGUGAGCGAGAGCCUAUCCCGGCACUGGCUUUGGCUGAGAGGCAGAGUAUAUCCUGGACUGGUCAUCAAUCACGGGGCACAUAUGGAAGUACAACCAUUCAUGCUCAAAUUCACACCUACGGACAAUUUAGAAUCUCCAAUUAACCUAAAAUGCAUGUUUUUUUUCAGUGAGAAAAUGGGCCACUGCAGCAAAAUGGAGACUGUGGAGUACAUUACUGCAGCAUCCACUCUUUGAACCAGACUAUCCAGGCUGUGUUGACCUGGGGUGCAGAGGCCGGUGAGGUCAUCACAGACAACAUCCCUCAUGACCUCUGACCUCUUCUCAGCCUGUGUCUGCUGGCUAAAACCCUGCUGUCUGUACCCUCUGCCAUUCUACUCUUCUGCGGCGACUGUCCACACCUGAACGCUGGUGACACUAAUGACGAGCCUACCCUGCUUCAAGCCAUGUCCACAAGCUGCUUUCUUAUUACUGAUGACGUCAUACCUCCGUGUUGGUGCCCGAGUUCUCUUUGCUGAUGGGUUCGACAGGCACUGUGACAGGCACCCCCCACACCAAACCAAACCACCGAGAGACGAUGAGAGACCACGAGGGGAAGGAGGAGAGAGAGGAGGAGGAGGAGUGCAAAGUUCGGCUGAAGUCCUGUGCUAGUGGCAGCUCACAGUCGCACGCCCUCAACUUCACACGGGACAACCAUGACGGGACUCCGGCUGGUGCUCCUCACCGCGUUGCUAUGGCAAUGCGGCCACGCGCAGCAGAGAGGGUUAUUCCCAGCAGUUUUGAACUUGGCCUCCAUGGCGGAUAUAACAACCAACGCGACAUGCGGUCUGUCAGAACCGGAGAUGUUCUGCAAGCUCGUAGAACACGUGCCAGGUCAGCCUGUAAGAAACCCUCAGUGUCGAAUCUGCAAUCAGAACAGUGUGAAGCCAUUUGAGCGGCACCCCAUAGAAUACGCCAUCGAUGGGACUAACCGUUGGUGGCAAAGUCCCUCCAUCAAGAAUGGAAUGGAGUACCACUAUGUGACAAUAACACUGGACUUGAAACAGGUUUUCCAGAUCGCCUAUGUGAUCAUUAAGGCCGCCAACUCGCCUCGCCCGGGUAACUGGAUCUUGGAGCGUUCAAUAGAUGGUGUGGCCUUUGAACCCUGGCAGUACUACGCCAUCACAGACACAGAGUGCCUGACCCGGUUCAACAUGAAUCCAAGGACAGGACCUCCAUCGUACACUCGAGAUGAUGAAGUUAUCUGCACAUCCUUCUACUCUAAGAUCCACCCCUUGGAGAAUGGAGAGAUCCACACUUCUUUAAUCAAUGGCCGUCCCAGUGCAGAUGACCCGUCCCCGACCUUGCUCAACUACACCUCCGCCCGCUACAUCAGAUUGGUGUUUCAGAGGAUCAGGACGCUCAACGCCGACCUCAUGACCCUGACCCUGCGGGACCCCAGGGAUAUCGAUCCCAUUGUGACAAGACGGUACUACUAUUCCAUUAAGGACAUUUCCAUUGGAGGAAUGUGUAUAUGUUAUGGUCACGCAAAGGCCUGCCCCCUCAACACUGCUACCAAGAAAUUUAGCUGUGAAUGCGAACACAACACAUGUGGAGAGAGCUGCGAUCGUUGUUGUCCCGGUUACCACCAGCAACCCUGGAUGGCGGGAACCUUCCUCACGCGCCAUGUUUGUGAGAAGUGCAAUUGCCAUGGGAAGGCUGAAGAAUGCUACUUUAAUCAGACUGUAGCAGACCUAUCACUCAGCCUGGACGUCCACGGCCAGUACCAAGGAGGCGGGGUGUGUAUUUCUUGCCGUGACAACACAGAUGGUAUUAACUGUCAGAGCUGCCUUCCCGGCUACUACAGACCUGAAGGGGUGAGCGCUGAAGAGGAAAACCCCUGUGUGCCCUGCUCAUGUGACUCACACGGCUCUCAUGGGCAAACGUGCAUUGAGGACUCAAGCCAGGCGACGCCAACCCAGCCACCAGGGUCAUGCCGGUGUAAGGAAGGGUUUGGGGGUCCACGAUGUGACAGGUGUGCUAUUGGUUACAUGGGCUACCCAGACUGUCAGCGCUGUAACUGCAGCCUGGAGGGAAGCAGCAACGCUGACCCGUGUACAUCACCCUGUGUGUGCAAGGAGAAUGUGGAGGGAGAGAACUGUGACCGCUGCAAACUGGGCUUCUACAAUCUCCAGCGCGACAAUCCACGCGGCUGCGAGAAAUGUUCUUGCAUGGGCGUAGCGAGCCAGUGCUCUGCCUCCACGUGGGUUUAUCAGAAUGAGAGCAUUCUGACUGGCUGGCACCUCAGUGGAGAUUCAGGACGGAGGGUGUGGCCAAUCCACAGAGACACACCUCUCUAUCUAAGUGUCCACCAUGCAGAUGUUGUGGACAACCUUGGCUCUGCCUACUACUGGAAUGCACCUGAAGUAUACCUGGGAAACAAGCUUUCUGCCUAUGGAGGGAGUGUGGUCUACACUGUGUCCUACAGUACAGAUCAGCAGGAACAGAUGGCUAUCAGAGUCACCUCAGAACCUGAUCUUAUCAUUGAGGGUGGCGGGGUCAGGAUUAUGGACAGACGGUACGGCCAACCUGUGUACCCGUCCUCGCCAAGCACCAAUCGCAUCACUCUCCUUCCGGAGAACUUCCUGCUGUCUGAGACCGUUCAGCCAAUCAGUCGCAGGGACUUCUUGACCGUGUUAGCAAACAUAACCAGAAUGAUGGUCAGGGCCUCUUACAGUACGGAACCCAGUGCUGUGUACAGACUCCACUUAUUCUCCAUGCAGGUAGGUCAUCCUUAUGCCAAAGGAGAGAGGAUAGCAUCAGCUGUGGAGGUGUGCUCUUGUCCUCCUGGAUAUGCUGGGACAUCCUGUGAGGGUUGUGUUGCCGGAUUCCGUAGAGUGGAUGGACAUCUAUACAAUGGUGUGUGUGAAAUGUGUCAUUGUCAUGGACACGCUACACAAUGCCACCAGAUCACAGGUCACUGCCUGGACUGCUCCCACCACACCACAGGCCCCCACUGUGACACCUGCCUACCUGGUUACUACGGCAACGCCACCAGUGGGUCAGCUGCGGAUUGUCAGGCUUGCGCUUGCCCACUCAGUCUGCCUGGUAACAAUUUCAGUCCAACGUGCCGCCUCAGUGAGGAAGGCGAGCUGCUGUGUGACCGCUGUCAGCCUGGAUACACAGGACCACGAUGUGACAGGUGUGCCAACGGGUAUCACGGCCAACCUUCGGUCCCAGGAGGCUCCUGCCAGCCCUGUGAUUGCCAUGGUAACCUGGACCUGACUACACCUGGCAGCUGUGAUCCAAUCACAGGCCAGUGUCUGCACUGUCGCCAAGGUUAUGGCGGUGGGACAUGCGGCAGUUGCGACAAAGGUUACUUUGGCGAUGCCAUCACUGCAAAGAACUGCCAGCCUUGUCAGUGCCACGUUAAUGGCUCUGUCUCGGAAGUCUGCAAUAAGGAGAACGGCCAGUGCCUGUGCAGAGAAAAUGUGGUCGGACGGCAGUGUGAUGGCUGCAUGCCUAAUUGGUGGCGGGAUGCUGAGCGUCAGGAGUGCACGGCCUGUCGCUGUAGCCAUUUUGGCUCCGUCUCUCAACGUUGUGACGCUGAGGGCCGCUGUAUCUGUCGGCCGGGCUUUGCGGGCCGGCGCUGCGACCAGCGUCAGCGAGGUUACGAGAGACGGGAGACGCGGCGCCCAGUGGAACGCGUCCCUGUGGAGACAGUGCAGCAGAGAUGGGGCGGGCCGUCUCGCACGGGUGGUUGCCCUAGGGGGGCUUACAGGCCCAGUACAGGGCCUCAGACACACGGCAUCGCCACAGGUGGACACUGCGUGCCGUGUCACUGCAACUCCUUUGGUUCCAAAUCGUUUGACUGCGACGAAAACGGUCAGUGUCGGUGCCAGCCAGGUGUCACCGGACCUAAAUGUGACCGCUGCUCACGAGGAUUCUUCAACUUCCAGGAGGGAGGCUGCACACCGUGUCUCUGCAGCCACGUGGGAAAUAACUGUGACGCCAACACAGGACAGUGCAUCUGUCCUCCAAAUACGGUUGGCGAUAGGUGCGACCGCUGCGCUCCGAACCACUGGGGCCAUGACAUCAUGACUGGAUGCAAGGAGUGUGGCUGCAGUGUGGUGGGCUCAGUGACCCAGCAGUGCAACAUCAACACGGGCUGCUGUCUUUGCCAUGACUCCUUCCGAGGAGAGAAAUGUAAUGAAUGUAAGCUGGGCUACAGAGACUUUCCUCAGUGCACUGCGUGCACAUGUAACAUCUUAGGGUCAGACAGCGAGACGUGCGACCUGGAAAGAGGAAUUUGUGCCUGCGCAGAUCGAACUGGGAAGUGCAGCUGCAAGGAAAAUGUAAUCGGAAACAACUGUGACCGCUGCAAGCCCGACACAUUCGGGUUGUCUGUGCAAAAUCCGCUGGGCUGCAGUAAAUGUUACUGUUACGGCCUGACGCACUCCUGUAUUGAGGCACAGGGACUCAUCAGGAUGUGGUUAACGCUGAGACCUGAGCAGACAGUGCUCCCCCUGGUGGAUAAAUCUAACAUUGUUGAGACGAGAACUGGAGUGAGCUUCCAGUACCCUGAGAUCCUCGCACACUCCGAGCUGGUCACCACUGUUCUUUCCGAACCUUAUUAUUGGAAACUACCACAACAGUUCAGAGGCUCCAUGAUCACAGCAUACGGGGGAAAGUUGAAAUACGCAGUCUACUAUGAGGCCAGAGAUGAAACUGGUCCCUCCUCGUAUGAGCCUCAGAUCAUCAUUAAGGGCGGUCCUAACCACAACAUUGUGAUGACACGCCACGUAGCAGGACUCCAGAUUGGUCAGCUCACACGCCAUGAGAUUGACAUGACAGAGCACGAAUGGAAGCGUGCAGAUGGACUCUUCAUGACACGCCAGGACUUCAUGGAUGUUUUGUUCUACGUGGACUAUAUCCUCAUUAAGGCGUCGCAUGGCAACCAGAUGAGACACAGCCGUAUUUCAGAGAUCAGUCUCACUGUGGCGGAAGAAGGCACACCCACCAAGGAGAGUGAGAAGGCCAAUCAAAUCGAAAAGUGCGCCUGUCCGAGUGGAUAUUCUGGACUGUCCUGUGAGGAGUGUGCAGCAGGCUUCUACCGUCUCCGCAGUGGCUCACAUGCAUCUGCUCCAGCCUCCAGAGUUCCCACUGCUGCAGGCAUGGGCAGCUGCGUUCAGUGCCAGUGCAGCGGCCACUCAACCACCUGUGACCCUGACACGUCCAUAUGCCAGUACUGUCAGGACAACACAGAGGGCGAUCAGUGUGAGCGUUGCGCUCCAGGAUUCUACGGUGUGGUCCGAGGGUUCCCUGAUGACUGCAAACCUUGCGCCUGCCCCCUCACCUACCCUGGAAACAAUUUUAGUCCACUGUGUGUAGCGGAAGGCUUUGACGACUACAGAUGUACGGCCUGUCCUGAGGGAUACGAGGGCAAAUACUGUGACAGGUGUUCCACUGGUUACCAUGGCAACCCUCGAAUGCCUGGUGGUCGAUGCGAGGAGUGUAAGUGUUCCUUGUGGGGGGCGUUGCCUGGACCAUGUGACCCUGUCACUGGCCAAUGCCAGUGCAAGGUCGGGGUGUCUGGGAGGUCAUGUGACCAGUGCAUGGACAGGCAUGUGUGUGGACCAUCUGGGAUCAUCUCGUGUGAUGACGAGUGCUCGGGUUUGUUGAUCAGUGACAUGGACCGUCUGUAUCGCAUCAUCACUGAUGUCACCCUGACUACACCCCUGCCGCCACCGUAUAAGAUUCUGUAUCGCUUUGAGAACAUGACUGAAGAACUCAAGCACAUGCUGUCACCGCAGAAAGCUCCAGAGAGAUUACUGCAGCUGGCUGACUCCAACCUGGGAUCACUGGUUGUUGAGAUGGACCAACUACACAGCAGGGCCACUAAGGUGUCCGCUGACGGAGAACAAGUGGAAGACGAUGCGGACAGAAUUCAGAAGCGAGCCGAGGACCUGGAGAAGUUUAUCAGGGACACGCUGCUGGGAGCUCAAGACCUCCAGUCCAAGGCUGACGAAUUGAAUCGGAUGCUGGCGCGCAAAGAUGGAACACCAGACAAAAGUUUGAAGCAGAUAAAGGAGGAGGUUCAGGCCAUGCUGGCCGAGAUGAGGAAAAGGCAGCUUGGAGGGAAGAAGAUCAUUGCUGAGGAGGAGAUGGAUCUCACCGAGCAGUUAUUCCUCAAAGUGAAGAGGAUGUUUGGUGAUCCUCAUCAGGCCACAGAAGACCUCAAAGCAGAAAUAAAAGGGAAGCUGUCGGACCAUGAGAGCAAACUUCAGGAGGCCCAAGAUCUUCUUCACUCUGCUCGUGGAAAGACCAGGCUGGCAAGCUCUCUGGGUGACCAGAACCAAGCUAACCUCACAAUCUUAGAGAGAAAACAUUCUGCAAUCCUUGGGGUGAAACAACAAGCACAAAAGAUGCUUGGAGAAGGAGAACACCUUCUGGAUGAAGCAAACCAGCUUUCAGACAACAUAAAUAAGGAGUUAGAGGACGCGGAGGAGAUGAAAAGAGACCUCGAUCCGCUUCAUGAGCAGCUGGAUGACAAAGUCCGUCACCUCACUGACGGUCUAGGUGGCGGCAGCCUGGCCGGUCGUGUGCGCGCGGCUGAGGAACACGCGCGACAGCUGAAUGAAUCGGCCGCCAUUUUGGAUGGAAUUUUGGCCGAAGCUAAGAAUUUGUCUUUCAACGCAACAGCUGCUUUUAAAGCAUACACAAACAUUAAAGCCAAUGUUGAUGCAGCAGAGAAAGAGGCCAAGACAGCCAAACAGAGGGCAUCAGAAGCACUGGCAAUGGCUUUAGGCCCAGAGAUUCCUAUGAAGGAGGAGGCUCAAGGUGCCCUUCAGAAGAGUCUUAGGCUGCUGAACCAAGCUAAGCAACUUCAUAAUGAUGUCAAAGAUAAUGCCCAGAGUGUUUCUGGACUGAAGGGCCGAGUUAAAGCUGCAAAAGACAGAACCAAAGACCUGCUCAAAGCUAUCAAUGGAACCAUGGCAACACUCACCGCUAUCCCCAAUGACACAGCAGCCAAGUUAGCAGCGACAAAGGCUGUUGCCGCUGACGCUAAUGCUACAGCCUUAGAUGUCCUGGAGCGUCUUGCGGCCUUGAACCUUCAAAUGCAUGACGUACAGAAGAACUAUAGCCAAUUGGCGGACACGGUCAGCGAGGCCAACCAGAUGAUCCAGGACCCUGAGAAAAACAUCCAUGCUGCAGGGGCUAAAGUGAAGGAUUUAGAGGAUGAAGCUGACAGGCUGUUGGAGAAGCUGCAGCCAAUCAGAAAACUGGAGGACAAUUUGAGGCGAAACAUCUCUCAAAUCAAGGAGCUCAUCAACCAAGCCAGGAAACAAGCCAACUCGAUCAAAGUGUCAGUGUCAUCAGGUGGUGACUGCCUUCGUAGUUACCGCCCAGACAUCAGGAAGGGCAGGUACAACACCAUCAUCCUUCACGUCAAAACCACCACGCCCGAUAAUCUGCUCUUCUACCUCGGUUCUGCCAAAUAUGUUGAUUUCUUGGCCAUAGAGAUGCGCAAGGGCAAAGUGUAUUUCCUUUGGGACGUGGGUUCAGGUGUUGGAAGGGUGGAAUAUCCCCAUCUAACCAUCCAUGAUGGGAACUGGCACAGAAUCGAGGCUUCUCGUAACGGAUUGAAUGGUACCAUAUUAGUAUACCCUCUGGAAGGCCCAAUGGCCGGCAUGGUGCCGAUCCCGAGCAGCGCCAACUCCCCCACGACGUAUAGCAUUCUGGAUGUGGACCAGAAUGCCUACCUGUUUGUUGGUGGAAUACUCGGCACAGUCAAGAAAGCGGAUGCUGUUAGGACAACAACGUUCACAGGCUGCAUGGGGGAGACCUUCCUGGAUGGUAAACCUGUUGGACUUUGGAACUACAGAGAGAGACAGGGAGACUGUAAAGGAUGUGUUGUCAGCCCCCAGACAUCAUAUGGUGAAGGGACUGUCCAGCUGGACGGAGAAGGCUAUGCCGCUGUGGGACGGCCCACAAGAUGGAACCCGAAUGUUUCCAGCGUUACGUUCAAGUUCCGAACAUUCUCCUCCGAAGCACUGCUUAUGUAUCUGGCAACUGAAGACAUGAAGGACUUCAUGUCUUUGGAGUUACAUGGGGGCAUGGUGAAGGUGAACUUUGACCUUGGGUCUGGUGUCGGCAGCGCCAUAUCAGCUAACCGCCAAAAUGAUGGUCGCUGGAAAUCUCUCACCAUGUCUCGCAACAAGAAGCAAGCCACAGUGACCAUUGUGGACAUUGACACCAGUGCCGAGGAGAAGAUAGUGGCCACAUCUCAGGGUACAGCCACAGGUCUGAACCUCAAGGAGAACCAGAGCAUUUACUUUGGAGGUCUGCCGACCAUUGGAAACUACAGGCCGGAGGUUAUGCUGAAGCGAUACGUUGGCUGCCUUCGGGAGAUUGAAGUAUCCCGAACUCCAUAUAAUCUCCUUAGUAGCUCAGAUUAUACUGGGGUUACUAAAGGGUGUAAUGUAGAGAACCUGUACACAGUCAGUUUCUCCAAGCCGGGAUACGUGGAGCUUGAUGGGCUGUCGCUGGCUGUCAGCACUGAGAUCAGCCUGUCAUUCAGCACUUUGGUAGACACCGGUACCUUGCUGUUAGCAGUGGGCGGGGCUCCGCCCAUCAACCAGCAGGUCCGUGACAAAAAUGUCAUCUCUCAGAGGAAGCGCAGACAAUCAGGAGAGCCCUAUCUCUCAGUGAUGCUGAACAAAGGCUCCCUGGAGGUUCUGGUGUUUACAGGCAGCCACAGUGUGCGUCGUGUCAUUAGACGGCCCGAGCAAGGCAUCUUGAGUGACGGCAGAGAACACUCGCUGCGCAUUGAGAGAUUACCUGGCAGAUCUUUUGCAGUUCAAGUGGACGAGGAGGCGAAGAGGGAGGCGGCGCUUCCAAAUGACCAGCCAAUCAGCUUGCAGCGUGUUUUCCUGGGUGGUAUUCCUGCUGAUGUGGAGCAGACUUCUAACAGGGCCAACGUCCCAUUCCAGGGAUGCAUAUGGAAUCUCAUGGUCAACACUGUCCUCUCAGACUUCUCCCAGGCAGUGUCUUUUGACAAUGCUGAAAUCGGCCAGUGUCCCAACCUCGCCCCGCCCCCUCUUCCACCUUACCAGCCAGAAGAGGCUGAGAAGGAAGACGUGAUUAAACAAGAACUCCCUGCACCAACGACUGUGCCUGUGACAUCACCCCCUGGACUUCCUGCUGAGGCCACGCCCCCUGCUGUACCUGCUGCCACACCUACCGCUGCUGCAGCCCUGCCCACUGCCGACACGGACUCGUGUCCCUCAGCCGUAGCACCAGUGGCUCUGGAGAAGUCCUACCAGUUUGGACUGAGCAAGAACAGCCACAUGAGCUUUGCUUUUGAUGACGCCAAAGUGAGAGAAAGGUUGAUAUUGGAGUUUGAACUGAGAACCCAAGAAGAGUCAGGACUUGUUCUCUACAUGGCCAGAAUCAACCAUGCUGACUUUGUUUCCAUUCAGAUCAAGGACGGACAGGUGUGCUUGGGUUACGACCUUGGUCAUGGGAACACGUCUGGCUGCGUUCCCUUCUCCAUCAAUGAUGGCAUCUGGCACAAGAUCCGAGUGACUCGCAGCAAGCAGAGGGCUCUCCUGGUGGUGGAUGGACGAUACAGUAAACAGAUGACCAGCCCCAAAAAGGCUGACCUGUUAGAUGUGGUGGGAAUGCUGUACGUGGGUGGUCUCCCACACAACUACACCACCAAGAGGAUCGGACCGAUUCUUUACAGCAUCAAUGGGUGCGUCCGUCGCUUGAAGAUGGUGGGUGGUCCUGUCAGCACGAAGGCGGCCGCUCCGGGUCGUUCCGAGGCGCUCAUCGAGGACUUCAAGCUCAACAUGGCGACGCCGACGUCGAGCCGCAUGGUCGGAAGAUGCUUUGCUGCGACUGAGGCGGGAACUUAUUUUGAUGGCACAGGCUUCUUGAAAGCAGUGUCCACCUACAGAGUGGGUCUGGAUGUGUCCAUUGCAUUGGAGUUCCGAACCAGCAGAACUAAUGGUGUCCUUUUGGGCAUCAGUAACCAAGGCAACGAUGGACUGGGGCUAGAGAUUGUUGAGGGCAAGCUGCUUUUCCACGUUGACAACGGCGCCGGACGCAUCACGGCGCAGCACGUACCCGAUGGCGACGGCUUCUGUGACGGACAGUGGCACUCGGUUGUCGCCAACAAGGCUCGUCACAGAGUGGAGCUGGUGGUCGACGGCAAGCAGAGCCAAGCAGAGAGUCCCAACGUGCGGUCCAACACCUGUGACACCAACGAUCCAAUCUAUGUGGGAGGGUACCCAGAUGGUGUUCGCCAGGCAGCUCUCUCCAGCCGCACGUCCUUCAGAGGUUGCAUGAGGAACCUGAAGAUCACUAAAUCCUCAAAGACCAUGGAGGUGCACUUCAACAAGGCUCUGGAAGUCAAAGGAGUCCAACCACUCUCUUGUCCCGCCAUGGCUGCAUAGCCACUUCCAUGAAGCUCCCCGCCCUUGUCCUUCGCCAUGUGUUCUUAAUGGCGGCUCAUGUUAGAAUGUCAACAACCAUCCGGAAGAGUUGAGUCUGGCCAAUGAAUAUGUAAUAUCUACUAACUAAAGUGUAAAUGCACUAUUUUGUGAUCGGUCCACUUCACCCGGCAUCUUUGAAAAGGUGCUCGCAGGCAAUUCAUCAGGUAACCUUCAUGCAGUCCAUCUGUGUUUUGACUGAGCCAUAAAUAAUAAUGAAAAAUGUGUAUUGAUAUGACCAUUAGUAUUGCAAUAUAUGGCUUCAUUGUAUUUCAGCAAAAACUACAAACAUGUCUCCCCUUCCUGUUUUCGCUUCAUUUCUUUCUAUUUGCUACUUCUUGCUUCUGCCAUUCUUUAAAAUACUUCCUUUGUUAACCUCUGUGCACCUUUCCUUUAUCGCCACGCUGUAAAUGAUCUUAAUAUGAAGGCCGAAUGCUGCUUGUGUGUUGCUGUGUUGGUGAAGUACUUUCACUACACUUUUUUAAAAGGUGCUACUUACAUCAAAUAAAAAAGG